AUGUUUCGAAUAUUAUUUAUCUUGAUAUUAUUUGUUAUUCAUGAAAGUGUUAAAAUUGAAUAUCCUCCUAAUCAACAUAUUGAAGAACGUUUAAGAAAAGAUAUUGAUUCAAUUGAUUCCAUCUUUCGAUAUUAUAUCGUUCCAAAUGAACUUCAAUUUCAUGCAAAAGCAAUUCAAGAUGAUCUACCAUAUUUUUUACGAUGUAAAGGAACGACGAAAGCAAUUCAAUUUACUGUUCCAACAUCUGCAACUAAAUAUUUGUCUUUGGAUACUGAUUAUAACACAAAUAUAAUCACUACUACACUACGAAGAAAUGAAUUGACGUCAAAUCUCGUUGGACGUUAUACAUGUUCAGAAAUAAUUAAUGAUAAAAAAUAUGAAGCAACUGUUCAUGUAUUUAUUCAAGAUGGAAAAUCUGUUUUUACUGAAACAGUUUAUCCGACCGUAUUUAAACAAACAGGUAUUCAUUUUUUUAACUUACCAUGUCAAACUACAAGCUGGUAUCCACGAAUAUCAUGUUCUAUACCAUCGAAUUCUAAACAAUGUCAAUUACGUCAAUGUAAUUCAAAAGAACGUCAAGCCAAUGAACUUAGUUGUAACACACCUGUAUGUGAUGGGCAAGACAUUUGUAUUCCAGUUUAUUAUACACCAAUUGAUUUAAAACCAGAAAAAGUCUUCUUUGAUCCACAGAUUGGUUUUGCACUUGAAAAUCCAACAAUACCAAGUGUAUUGCCCUAUUUUACUUGUAUGAGUAAUUAUACACCAAGUCAACAAUCAAAAGUUCCCUAUAAUACAUAUGAUCCUGAAUAUGUACAAAUUCAUCAGCCAAGUUUAACUGUUAUGAGUGAUGAAACUGUAAGAUUAAGUUGUGAAAUUCAAUAUGGAACAAAAGUUGAUCGAAAAAUACCCAUUCUCUUCUGGUUUGAAGAUAUUUACAAUCUUAAUUUAAUAUCAAAUCAAACGGAAAAACCAGUAUUUAAUCUUCAAACACAAGUCAAUAGUCGAAAUAGUUCAAUAACAUUACGUGGUUUUAAAUCAAAUAAAGUUUAUCGAUUUUAUUGUGUACGAAUAUCUGAUCAAGGUCUUUAUUCACGUUCUGUUGAUAUUACUUGCACUGAUACACCAUCACUUGAUCUUGAAAUUAAUUUAAAUGGAGCUGAUACUAAUGAUAAGAUUUCCUAUGGAUCAAAUAGUAUUUAUGAUAUAAGUAUUUUUACAAUUCCACGUUCAUCUAUUGUUCUUGAUCUAUCACGAAAUGGUAUCUCAUUAAUGAAUGAUAAACGAUUUGAAUUAUUACUUAGCACUAAUCAAGAAAAUCAAUUUUUUGAAUAUUCAUUAACUAUUUAUAAUAUGACAUUUGAAGAUGAAACAGAUUUAAAAAUUACUGCAAAAUCAUCAGCAUCAGAAAAAACAGUUGUCAUUAAACCGAAUAUUAUAGGAAAUCCUGUUGGUCAAUUAUCAUUUGUUCCUGAACAAAUACCACAUAAUAUUCCAUGGCGAAAUGAAAAUUCUAAUAACAAAGUAAAUAUAUAUCCUUAUGGUGUAUUUGAACGUGAAUCAUAUCGUAUUGCUUGUACAAUACGUCAUCGUUCUGAUAUUAAUCGACCAUUGAAUAUAUUUAUUAAAUAUUCUCAAUGUUCAAUUGAUAAUUGUCUAUCAAAUUUAAUUGAUCAAACAUGUCAAAUAACAUCAAAUCAAAAUAUCCUAAGCAUUACAUCUAAUCGUAUAAAUGAUUAUCAAACACAAUUUAUUAGUAGUACAUCUCAGACGAUUGAUAAUCCAACAAUUGGUUAUCAAUAUCUUUGUUGUUAUGAACAGAAUGGUUUAAUUAAUAUUGCUAAAGCCAUAACAAUUUUAUCACAAAAUCGUAAUAUGUUUAAUAUUCAUAAACCAGAAUUUAGUUUAGUUACCGGUGAUAUUUUAACAUAUCGUUGUGAAAGUCAUGAUUUAAUCUAUGAUGAUCUUCGUAUGAUUUAUAAUGAUAAAUUUUUUACAUAUGAGCGAAAUCGUUUUGAUCCUGGAUGGCGUAUUGUUGGAACUAAUCAAAUAAAACAAGUUGAUGUUACUUGGAAUUUACCAUUAAAUGAACAAAUUCAAAGUACAGCAAUUGAAGUUAAAACAGGACCAUUAAGAAUGAUUGGUAAUAAUGGAUAUUUUCAAUGUAUUGCUAUAUCUAAACGACCGGAUGUUAUUCCGAAUGCAAAUGAUACUUAUAAGAUCAAUGUUGAUGAUCCAGAAUUAUUAGAAUUUAAAAAUAAUUUACAAUUAGUAUCGAAAUUAGAUCGUAAAGUAGGUGAUAAUGUCGAACUUGAUUGUCAAUUUAAUGGACGACCAAAACCGAAAUUAGUUUGGUUGAAAGGAAAAUUACCAUUGAAAAAUGAUGAUUCAACGUUACAAUUUGGAGAUAAUAAUGGAAGUAUUUCGAUUACUCGUGCCCAACCAUCUGAUACUGGUUAUUAUACAUGUGAACUAAACAAUGGUCGUGAUGCUCCACUUCAACGAAGUUUUGAUUUACGAGUUAAAGGUUCUAAUCCAUAUUCAAAAAUGAGUCGUUUUACAGCUAUGAUUGUUAUUAUAUCUGCUUUACUUCUUCUUAUUAUGAUUGUAUUAUUAUUAAUCUUCAUUAUAAAAUAUAUUCGAAUGAGACGUAAUGUUCAAGGAAGUAUGUUUCAUGGAUUAAUACAAACUCCAUUACCGGAAAAUUUUGCUACAACAGAACAAAUUCGUACAUUUCUUAGUUAUAUUAAUCAUGAGACACUACCCAUGGCAAAAGAUGAUUUUAAAGAAUUAGGUCAUGGUCAAUUCGGUAUUGUUUAUCAAGUACGUUUACCAGAGGUUGGUCUUGUUGCAGCAAAGACUUUACCAGAAACAAUACGUAAUAAUGAACGUCGUCGUGAUGAUCGUAAAAAAAGUACUGAUAUUGAUGAAGAAAAUGUAGAAAUGUUAUCUAAACAUGAUAUUCAAAAGAAAAAAGCAGCUGAAAUGUUAAUUGAUGAAAUCAAAGUUAUGCAUAAAGCUGGUAAACAUGUUAAUAUAGUUGCAUUAAAAAAAGUUGCAUAUCCUGAAGCAAAAUUUAAAUUUAUGUUUCUUGGUGGACCUAUUCGAGAUGAAGAUUCAUUUUAUUUAAUGGAACUUUGUUCAAAUGGUUCACUUGAAUCAAUGCUUAAAUAUUUUAAUCAACCAAUACAAAAUUCAGCAACUCAUGGAAAAUUAUCAUUAUAUGAAACACUUUCAAAACAAACCGAACCCGAUAUGACAGUUAAACAAGCACAUGAAGAAUGUUUAUUAACUGAUGAUGAUUUAAAAUUAAUUGCUUAUCAAGUGGCUUGUGGAGUUGAUUAUUUAAAUCGAAGACAAAUAGCUCAUUGUGAUAUUGCAUCAAGAAAUGUUUUAGUUACAUCAAGAUUUAUUAUGAAAAUAUGUGAUUUUGGUUUAGCAACAUGGACAACUUAUAAAAAUUAUCGUGAACAACUUGCACAACAUGAAAGUGUACAACUUGAAAAGAAAAAUAAUGAAAUUGCGACACAUAAUUUAACACCAGAACUCGCUAAAACUUUUUUACGUGCAUCCAGUCCAGAUGAUCGACAAUUAUUAAAUAAAUUAUCAAUUAAAUCUGAUGUAUGGUCAUUUGGUAUAUUUCUUUGGACACUAUUUCUUAAAUGUCGAAUUCGGCCAUUCAGUAAGCUUUUGGAUGAAAUGGAAAAAACAUCUGAUGGUGGAAGUUUCUUUCAUCGACUUGCUCUUGUUAUAAGUGAAGGUCGUGUUCGUCAAUAUAUUAAUUAUCAUCAAGAAAUUCCACGAGAUAUUGAUGCAAUUAUUAGUAUUUGUCUUGUUGAAGAAAAUAGUCGUCCAGAAAUGACACGAAUUCGUGCUCUUUUAUGUCAUUCAAAAAUGUUAUCAAAACAAGCAUUUCAAUAUUAUCGAUCAGAAUAUAAUCGAUAUCAAGAAGAAAAUAUAUCCGAUGAAAAUAUUGAGAGUUUUGGUGAAGUUCAAGGUGUUAGUGAUCUUCCUUCAUUUGAUAGUGAAAAUGCAAUUAAUGAUAAUGAUACUUCAGGAAAUGCUCGUCGUUAUGAAAAUGUUAAUUUUCGUCCGACAACAACUGUUGAUCCAGGUUAUUAUCAAGAUUCAUAUUUAGAACCCGAUAAUAAUACUUCACGAACAACUACAGAUGGACCAAAUGUUUAUUUAAACGAUCCAACACCAUCAAGACCACCGCCACCACCACCGCCGUACAAAAAACCAAAUGGACAAGAUGAUAGUUAUCUUUAA